GGCAGUUCGCUCCAGUUCUAUCUCUCUGUGUGGAUCACUGUAGACUGAGAUCAUGAAACUGGUGUAUGUGUGCUGUUCUCUGCUGAUAGCCAUCUGGCAGGAGGUAGAGGCUUCUGGCAGUGGCCCGUCUGGGGUUUUGGACAGGGCACCUGGAGGUUCCAGCUGCUCCCAGGUGAGACUGAGGCCAGCUGGGAAGUGUGAGGAUGAGGAGGAGUGCCCAUAUCAGAUCACAAUGCCACCGAUGACUAUCCAGCUUCCCAAACAAUUCCGACUACUAGAGAAGACCGUGAAGGAACUGCAAAGCUUGAAGGAGACAGUAAACAGGUUAAAGAGCUCCUGUCUGGAGUGCAGCUUGCAACAAGUGGACCUCAACUUGCAGAAGGACAGUGGUGACCCUCCAACAGAGGGAGAGCAGAGUCGAGGUCAAACCAGCAUGAGAGUUAUUCGGAAUGGGAACGACAGUGAUAAUGACAUUGUACAAAAUAUGCAGGUGAAGAUGAACCGCAUGUCUAGCAGCCUGAAAAAUGCACGUGCACAGAUCAACUCCCUUCAGGGCCGCCUAGAGGAGCUUAACCUCCUCAAUCUGCAAAAUGUAGAGAAUAUAGUGGACAGAAAAGUUGAGAACAUCACUGGGAUGGUCAAUAAAAUCAGCAGCACCUGCACUUCAUGUCCUGGUCAACAACUACAACUUCAACACCUCUCAAACAUCACUCCCAGAGACUGCUCAGACAUUAGCAUGCUGGGGCAGAGGAUAAACAAGGUGUACCAGGUGACCCCUGAUCCCAGGAAUGGUAGCUUUGCGGUGUAUUGUGACAUGGAGUCAUUUGGAGGUGGGUGGACCGUCUUACAGCAUCGAAUCAACGGCAGCGUGAGCUUCAACCGCACCUGGGCUGACUACAAGAAGGGCUUUGGGAACCUUAACAGUGAAUUCUGGCUUGGUAAUGAUAAAAUCCACCUGCUCACCAAAGCCAAGGACAUGAUCCUGCGCAUUGAGCUGGAAGACUCGGAGGGCACACGUGGAUAUGCCAAAUAUGAUCAGUUCUAUGUGUCCAAUGAGUUCCUCCAUUAUCGGCUGUCUGUGAGCGGGUUUUCGGGGACAGCUGGAAACGCUUUGCAGUUUAGCAAACACUUCAACCAUGAUCAGAAGUUCUUCACUACGCCGGAUAAGGACAAUGACAGAUACCCCUCAGGCAACUGUGGGGCGUAUUAUGGUUCGGGAUGGUGGUUUGAUGCCUGCAUGUCAGCAAACCUCAAUGGCAAAUACUACAAAACAAAGUACAAAGGGAAAAGGGAUGGGAUUUUUUGGGGAACGUGGCCCAAUGCCACCUCUGAGUACUAUCCGACAAACUACAGACAAGCUUACAAAAAUGUUAAAAUGAUGAUAAGGCCAAAGAAUUAUGCACCCUAAGGCAACUCACAUGAAGAAAUUAUUAUUUUUGUGGGAAACUUUUCCUCAAGAACAAAUUGUGAUGCAAAUCCACAGACAUUAACAGAACUGCCAUAAAAUAAAUCUGUAUUUUAAACAUCACAAGGUGCAUAGAAAUAAUAACCAGCUUAUGUUUUAAAUAUACCAACAAUUUGGUUGAUUGUAUUGUUUAUUUUGUCUGUGUGUCUUACUGCCACCUUGUGUUUAACUGGUUUGCUACACCAUGGAUGACUGAUAGUUGAUUUGUUUGUAAGUUUUUUUGUAGAUACAAUUAUUAAUAGAACCAAUUUGAUAAUAGCUACUAUGAUUUACAUUACCUUUGUCAAUGAUUGCUGGUGGAAUUAAGGAAAGAGAGGGGAUAUAUUUAACAAAAAUAUUUUAUGCAAAUUACUGUCAUCAACAGGAAAUGAACCUUAUUUAUUUUGACAGUAUGGGACGGUAUUUAAAGAUUUUUAUUUUUUUAAGUAUUGCUAUAUGGCUAAGAUUGGGAUAAAUGCCCACCCCUCCCCUUUUUAAAAAAAAAUUGUUAUAAGCUUGCUUUUUCAGAAACUGUAUAUUGGGGAAUGUAUAUUAAACACCUUAAUUUGUGAUUUUAAGGGUAUAUUUGCAUUUCUAUGAAACAAAUUAAACUUUAAAAGGAACAUAC